AUGGACAUGAUAUUCGCCGCCCGUCAACUGCAGGAGAAGUGUCAGGAGGUGCGAAUCCACCUCUACUCUAUCUGCGUGGAUCUGACAAAAGCCUUCGGCACGGUGAAUCGCGAAGGACCGUGGAAAAUUAUGCAGAAAUUCGGCUGUCUCGAGCGAUUCACCCGGAUGUUGCGUCGGCUCCGCGACGGCAUGAUGGAGCGAGUCACUAACAAUGGAGCUCUAUCAGAGGCAUUCGCGGUGACCAACGGAGUGGAGCAGGGCUGCGUUCUCGCGCCUUCCCUCUUCAGUCUUAUGUUCUCUGCCAUGCUGCUGGACACCCACCGUGACGAACGCCGUGGGAUCCGAAUCGCCUACAGGACGGACGGCCAGCUCACCAACCACCGGAGGAUGCACUUCCAGUCGCAUGUAUUCGCAGCUGCUGUUCAUGAACUUCUCUUCGCCGACGACUGUGCCCCCAACGCCAUCUCGGAAUGGGACAUGCAGGGAAGCGUGAAUAUCUUCGCCGUCACCGCUGCUGUAAUGAGCGGAGACCUGGACGUUCCACAAGAAGCAGGCACGGAGACUCAGUCGCUUCCACCCCAGCUGUCUUCGACAGAUAUUGAAGCUGAGGUGGCAGUACCGGACACUCGACAAGGAUGA